CCGCAAAUUAAAAUACUUCGUGUUCAACCGGAACAAAAGAAAGGACGUAAAUGUGUGUUGUUUACAAGUCGAUUUUGCCCGAAAAUGCGACUUUUCAUGUUCAUUUUAACACAUGACAGAAAACUAGAAAAGAUCAUGGAUUAAAGCAGAUAACAUUUUACAUCAGUUCUUAAAAUGGCACUGUUAGAAUACAGUGAAGAUUUUGAGUUGGAUGAUGAUGGAAUUUUAAGAGAUUCUAACUCACCUGGUAAUUACUUGAUAGAUGAUGAUGGCAUUUUAAGAGACGAUUACGAUAUUCACGAUUCAGGAAAAUACGCUUCAACUCAUUGGACAGACUCUGGAUUCGGAGGUAGUAAACAAUCUGCUGGAAGUUCUUCCACGUUAAGACAAUUUGAUUUACAAUCCUAUCCUAGUUAUGAUAGUGUUUCUCAUCCUUUAGACGAUGACCAUGAAAAUAUCAGUGACCUUGAGGCAUCAAAAGACGAUUUAAGUUUUGAUGGUCAGGAUGGUUACUCUGGUUACGAUGAGAAUGGACACGAGAGAGCGCGGACACCGAUAAUUGAUAAAUAUAACGAUAAGUCUGUGAGGAGUAGCCAUAGCAGCUACAAUAAUUCUUUAACCUAUGAUGACACAGAAAAUCUAAGACGAUCAACUGACUCUGGAAAAGAACUAUUUGAUGAGGAAUAUUACAAACAGUUAAGGGAGUUAGGUGUAUUAGUAGAUGGUGCAGAUUUAGUUGAUGACAAGGACUCACUUCAAGAAUUUGAACAUUUGGAAUCACAUGUUUCGAAGGAUGAUAUAAAUUUUGAAGAAAAAGAUGAUGGACCUGCAUUUGACGAUUAUUUAAGGGCCACUCCGACGCCACAAGAAGAAGAGGACCAUAGUGAUUCUGUUGUCCCUGAUAUAAGUAGGAGUCAUAUUCAUGGCCACGACUACCAAACAUCAAAUACACGUCCUACAACAGCUACAUCUUUGAGAACAUUAAGUCGAGGAUCAUUUCCUGAAAUAAGUCCAGAAGAAGCUUUGGAAUUAUAUAAGGAAAAUUUAGAAUCUCGUGAUUUUGGAGAUGCAACAAGCAUAGAUUUUGAAAACAGUUCUCAGAGAACAAAUGAUGAUGAUGAAAUAUUUUUGAUAACAAGUAAAAUAUCUGAUACCCCCAAACCAGCGAAAUUAAGAGCAUUUCAAAAUGAAAGAGAUGUGCCUUCAAUGAGCCCAAGUUAUGGAAAAGGAGUAAAUCAAAGGAACAGGUCAUUUGAUCAGUCUUUUGAAAGAACCGAAAGGGAGAUAAGAAAUCGCGGACCACCAAAACAAGAUGGUAGACAUAUCGAGGAUGACUCAUUUGAUGUAUCAGAUUAUGGUAGUAGGGGUAAUACACCCUUUAGUAGAGAAGGAUCAGUAACCCCAGAUAAAAGGGACUGGAGAAGAUCAGGUUCUAUAACCCCAACACGACCUGACUCUGUAACAAGUCAAAGAUCAUCUGCUUCUGACAGAGGACCUAAAACACCUGUCCGUCAACCAUCACUGGGAAAUUUAUCAAAACAAAACACAAAACAGACUCACUCAGGGAAAAGCGGUGAGAAGGAACAAAAUUCUGAGAAAAUGCCCCCAAAACGACUUUUACCUAAACCUACAGCCCAAGAUGAAAGUAAUAAAAAUUUCAGGGUCAAAAGUAAAAGCACGACAAAUAUUGCUGCAAAGUUUGGCCCUGUUAAGCCAACGCAUAUGUCCCUUGUUGAUUUAUCACAUAUUAAUAUUGAUCAUGGCGAUACAGAACAUGAUGAUCUUAGUGGCUCAUUGGACAAAGCUAAGGUUGAACUCUCAUCAAAACUCAAACAGGAAUUUCACAAACGUAAGCAGGCGACAGAACUUGUGCAGCAACUGCAGAUGGACUAUGAUAAGCUUCUUUCUAAAUAUGCCUUGGCUGAACUUACAAUUGACCAGCUUCGACUUGGAGCUAAAAUAACUCUUCAUUCUGAUUCGCCUACUCCUAGUCAAGCUAUGUCAGGAACGUUACCAGGGGCUCAACAACAACAGAUGUUACAGCUUGGACUUAAUCGGGCCGUUAAAUCACCUUCGCCAUUCCAGGGGUCAAUUGCUAGUCCUUUAUCUCAAGAAGUUUCCAGAGAGGAGGAUAGCCUUGCAGCUGAAUUACACAAUGAACGAAUACAGGAACAGAGAUAUAAAGCACGUAGCCAAUCAGAUUCUGGCUUACUUAAUGGUCAUUUGGGUCUGUCAGAAAGUAGAACACAGGAGAGUGGUGCUGAGGGUGUUAAAAUGGGAUUGUUGUUCCAAGCACGGAGUUUGGAUGAUAGGAUGGAAUCAUUCAAAACUUUGCUGGAAGAAAAACAAUUGACUCAUGAAGAGAAGGCUAAAGUUUUUGAUCAGGUCAGAACAAACCAUGAAAGACUGAGACAUGACUAUUUACAGUCAAAAGAAGAUUAUAACGUUCUGAAACGGUCACAGCCUAAUUUAACUGAUAUUAAUUUUGAUGGAGACAAAGAGCUAGAGGGAGAAUUAUUCAGACUUGGUAUGAAAUUUGAUGAAAUCCAUGAAGAAAUUGAACAAAGUGAAAAAGAAAAAGCCUCGGAACGACAGCCUUUUCAGAAAAAAAUGGUUGAUGCAAACACUUCAGACAUGUCAGAUGUUAAUUCUAGCGACCAUGAAGGUAGAUCUGUUGACCAAAUGAAAAAGAAAAUAAAAGGAACCAUAGCUGGUGAUGAUUUGAUUAAACCAAGAGAGAACUCUGAAUUUGAACAGAAAGUGAAACAAUUACAUGAGGAAUAUAGUGCUUUAAUGGAUAGGUAUCGUAGAUUGAAACAAAUGGCUCAGACACCAGAGAGGGAAGAGGAAAUAGAUAAUCUUGUCCGUAAACUAAGAAAUAUUUGUGAUGACGAACCAGAUAUCUUUAGAAUGCCAAGGGAAUUACAAGAAAGCCAUCGUCUAACUCCUUCUAACAGUAGUGCAGCAGCUUCUAGCCGCAGCAGUAGUACUAAUUGGUUCAAUGAAGAAAUUGAAAGGUGGGAACAAAUACAUGAUGGAGACGAAGAAGCUAGACUCCUGGGGCGGCGACGCCCAUCAGAGGCAGUAUCAGAAAAUGGACCUAUGCAAAAUGGAGUCAGAAGAAAAGAACCUUAUGCAAGUGUAGAAAAUCAAAGUUUUACAAGGGGAAGAGAAAAUAAUCCAAAUGCAUCUAUGGAAAAUGCUCAUGACAGGUCAAGGUCACACCAGGAUAUGAAUGGAGAUCUGACAAGAGAAAGUGGUUUACCGGGAUCCUACAACUUUUCUGGGAGCCAAGGUAGCUUAUCAUCCAGAGACAGUAGAGGGAGAUCACCCAGGGAGUUUGAUCGUUCAUUUGAUAGAGAUUCACCUCAUUUACCUCGCCCAAGAAGACAUGAUCUUAGAGACCCUAGACGCAUGGAUAGAAAAAAGCAUAGUAUGUCUGGCAGUAUGCAGAGUUUACAGGAUAGUGGAAUAUCAGACCAAGAGAAUGGGGCCUCAGGAGGGGGACCACUGUCAAAUAUUCCAGGUCCAGGCAAAUUUAAAGAGAUGACCAAACAAAGGAAUGCUCCUGAUGCAGACAGUGGUUUCAUUGGUUCAAUUGUUGGGUCAGAGGUCAGUCAACUCUCAGCAAGGCAACAGCAACAGCAGCAGCAGCCAUCGUUGAGACUUAGAGGUCCACCUGCUUCACCAAGACCCAAUUCAAGACAAAGAGAUUCUGACAGUUCAAUGGCAAGUGCUCGUGUAAGAAAUAAGGAUCGUCCACCUUCAAGGGAUUCUAAUCGUUCAAGGAAUAGGAAAGAUCAAUCAUCACAGUCGAGGGAUUAUACAGAUGAUAGCUACACUCUAACCACAGAAAGUGAGAUGAGUUUUGAGAUUCCGUCUGAAAGACGUAGCAAUAGAGGUGGUAGAAAGAGGGGAGGUAGUUUGGAGAAUACAAUAGAAGAGGAAGAGGAAGGAUCAUCUAUAAGUUUUACUACGCUGGAUGAAAGCAGAGAGUCCCAUCAGCCGUUUUUGAAUUUAGGUCUCCAUUCAGCAAAUCGGAAGGAGAGACCAAGGUCAAAGCUUAGUCAACAUUCUAGAGCCAGUGUUAGAUCACAGGACAAAAGAUCUCCACAAAAAUCAAAACAGAAACCUGCAAAAGCAACUAAGAUGUCAGAUGAUGAUUUGACUCCUAGAGCUACACCAAAUCAAAGUUUCUCAAAUAGUUUUAAUCGAACCAGUGAACUUUAUUCAUCAGAGGAGGAAACUCCUCGACCCUCAUCUUUAAACAGAUCUGCACAAAAAAUGAAACCCAUGAAAGCCUUUCCCAUAGACCCUAGACCAGAUUCAAGGUCAAAGGUUGAAAGACCAUCAACUCCAAGAUCAAAAGGAGAGAGAACUCCAACUCCUAGAUCUGGGAGAGCAGAAACUCCAGUGAAGAAACAAGAUGUUCCCAAAACUGAAAUUGUACGACAGACUAUGAAACCUGAGGUGAAAGACAUGGCUGCCGGUUCAGAUAGUGAAGACACAGUUGAAGAGUCUAUAGCAGAGACAACUGCUACUCGAGGGUCAACAGGAAGUGACAGACUGAAAAUAUUACAGGAUGAAAUAGGAAGAUUGAGGGAGGAGUUUCAAAAAGCCACAAAUCAGCAGCGACAGGCUUUACAACAGCAACUGCAACAACCUCAACCUCUCCCUCAACAAACCAUUCAAAAUCAAGAUCAGUAUUUUGACCCUACUGAAGACCCCUAUGCCUUCAUGAGAGGACCAAGAAGAAGAGCUAACUCAUUUUCAGGUGGUCCAUCCAGAGAUUGGGAUGAGUGGUUUCGCUAUCCUCUACAACAUAAUGCAGAUGGAGAUAUUCCACUUGGUUAUGCUGCAGCUGAUUCAUAUGCUCAGCGUCCUCCUCCGCCCGAAGUAUUACCUGAACCACCAAGAUCUCGACAGAGAACUCGUAAUAGAAGAAGACAUCGACAUGGAGGGGUGACGAUAGAAACUCAAACCAUGAAUGGUUACGACUCUGACCAAUCACCAACAAGAGCAACUGCAUCUACUGUAACUGACGACCACUUAUUAGAAUAUUAUGUGCCUAGAUAUUACACAACAGGGACCCAGCAAACUCAACCGAGGGCCCCUAAUAUGCAGAGAUAUUCGUCUCAGCCAAAUCUUGCAUUUACAACGACCCCUCCCCCACCACCAGCUCCACCUAUGUCAACUCAUAUGCCGACAAGCUCUUAUGCCACACCUAUAUCUGCUGGGUACAGAACAAGGAGACAAGCACAACAAGUUCAUACAUCACCUCAGCAAAGACUAUAUUCUUUUGAUGACCUUGAUGCAAGGGAUCAAGGUCAAGCUCAGCCUGCAGGAUAUGUGAUUGUUGAACCUCAGACUGGACAGAUACCAAGACCUGCUCCACCCCAGUAUUCUAUGAGGACUGAGACAUGUCCUAUGUGUGGGGGAUCAUCAUCCCACACCCAUGGUGAUUAUAUAUAUGAAGUUCCAGUAGAGAGACCACCAAUGGCAUAUAUGGUACAAGGUUCUCCAAGAGGGAAACCACCUCGACCAAGAAGAAGAUCUAAAUCAGCCUCAUCAAGAGUCAGACAUUAUUCUCCAGAUGGCAGAAACAGAGCAAAAUAUAUUGUUAAAGAAUACUACACAGAAAGUUCAAGUGCUGAAUCUGAAGAUGAAGUUCAUGUCAGAAGGGGGAGAAACAGAGGAAGAAAAGGUAGAGGAAGAAAAUACAGAAAGGCACACUCAGUUUCUGGCUUGCAUGUUAGGGCUAGAUCAGACUAUGAGGAUGACCUGAACCGAUCACUUAAUUUGACGGAAGAAAUUGAUGGUUUGACACGAAGAAUGAUGGACACUGUAGAUGGAGAACUAAGACGUGCAGGAAGGAAAAAAGAAUUUCGCUCAUCUAUUUGGUAGCACAGGAAAAUCUCUUGGAAUUAUAAAAAAAAAAUUGAAGCUGUGAUAUUCUGAUAAGGUUCAGAACAAGAUAAUAUAGUUAAGAAAUAAUUAACCAAGAUAAUGUAGCUCAACAAUUAGACAUGAGAAACUUUAGUUGAUGCCUUAAAUACAUUAAAUGAUUGCCCAUGACAGUAUAAUUAAAAAAAAAGUGCUGGUGCUUUGUAUGUAUACAAAAAAACUAUAUCCUUUAGCACCUUAGAAUAUCAUUUGUUUCUACAAUACAAUAUAAAACUUCAUUAGAAUUGUAUUAUGAUGAAAGAAGUUGCAUUUAUAGAUGUUUUUUAAAUGUUUGACCAAUCAACUAUAUACAUUGUCUGUGAUAUUUUUAAUUUAUUAUAACUUAUUUAUAUUGUUUUUUU